AGAAUUUGAAGAAAAAAUGUUACCUUCGCCUGCCCUAAUCAACCCUUUGUAUGCUGCCUUAUUGGCUGUUGGAGGUAUUAUUGGAUACGUGAAAGCUAACUCGAAGCCGUCCGUGAUUUCUGGGGCCGGUUGUGGACUUAUCGUGUUUCUUUGCACUAUACUAAGCGUGCCGUUCGCAAGUCUCAUAGUUGCUGCUAUAUCCGGACUGAUGUUGUACAUAAUGGGAACUCGAUAUAUCCACACAAAAUCGAACGUUGCGGGCAUCGUUGCAGCAACAAGUAUCCUCACCCUGCUCUCUCAGCUCAGCCACAUCCUAUCCACAGGAAGCUUCACUAAAUAGACAAAUUGGAUCCGCUUCGGCAAGCAAAACUACCUCCAUUUUAAUAAGUUGUUGGUAAAAAUUUCACUUGUACAGUGUUGUAUAUUCACGCUACCUCAGUAGAACCAAUAAACUUCCGGUGUGUACCUUUGGAUUUGUUGCUCUUUGCGAGAAAUUACCUCACCUAGAAUGCCUUUUGAACGUCUUGUAUAUUCAUGCUACCUCAGUAGAACGAAUAAAUCUCCGAUGUAC